AUGGAUGAUUUUUCGGUUUAUGGAUCAUCUUUUGACACGUGUUUGACGAAUUUGGAGAUGGUGUUGAGAAGGUGUGAAGAGUCGCAUUUGGUGCUUAAUUGGGAAAAGUUCCAUUUUAUGGUAAAUGAAGGAAUUGUAUUGGGGCACAAGAUUUCUAAGAAAGGCAUUGAAGUGGAUAGGGCAAAAAUUUCAACGAUAAAGAAUUUGCCACCACCAGUUUCAGUAAAAGGAGUACGGAGUUUCUUAGGUCAUGCGGGAUUUUAUAGGAGGUUUAUCAAAGAUUUUUCUAAAGUUUCGAAGCCACUGUCCACUUUGUUAAUGAAUGGGGUUACGUUUGAUUUUGAUGAGAAGUGUCAACAAGCUUUUAAGACACUUAAGGAGAAAUUGAUUUCGGCACCUAUAGUUGUUGCGCCUCAAUGGGAUUUACCAUUUGAAUUGAUGUGUGACGCCAGUGAUUAUGCAAUAGGGGCAGUGUUGGGACAAAGAGUUGACAAGGCAAUAAAGUAUCUUAUGAGUAAGAAAGAUUCCAAGCCUCGUCUUAUUCGGUGGAUUUUGUUAUUACAAGAAUUUGAUGUGGAAAUUAAGGAUAAGAAAGGUACUGAGAAUUUGGUGGCUGAUCAUUUGUCUCAUUUAGAGGUUGAGGAAGAUUCUCUUGAUAAAGAAGUUCAGAUUAAUGAUGCUUUUCUGGAUGAGCAGUUGUUCGAAGUAAGUGUUUGCAAGGAUGUUCCAUGGUUUGCGGAUUAUGUUAAUUAUUUGGCUGCUAAGGUUAUACCUCCUGAAAUGACAAGGCAACAAUUGAAGAAAUUUUAUUCGGAGGUGAAGCAUUAUUAUUGGGAGGAGCCUAUUAUGUAUAAGCAUUGCCCAGAUCAAGUUAUUCGAAGAUGUGUGCCAGAAGAGGAGAUGUUGUCAAUUUUAACUCACUGUCAUAGUUUGCAUUGCGGCGGUCAUUUUGGCAGAACAAGAACAGCAGCGAAGACUGGGAAUAUAUCAAGAAGAGAUCAAAUGCCAAUGACUGGUAUUUUGGAAGUUGAGCAAUUUGACAUAGUAAAUACUUCGAGGAAGGAUUGGUCAAAGAAGCUCGAUGAUUCACUUUGGGCUUAUCGCGCGGCAUUUAAAACUCCGACUGGUAUGUCACCAUCUCGAUUGGUGUUUGCUAAGGCUUGUCAUCUACCAGUGGAGCUGGAGCAUAGAGCUUAUUGGGCUGUGAAAAAGUUAAAUGUUGAUCUCUUCACGGCAGGGCUUAAACUUUUUCCUGGUAAAUUGAAGUCACGAUGGUCAGGAUCGUACACGGUAGUUGUAUCACUUUCUUAUGGAGCAGUGCAAAUUCAUAGUGAAAAGACGGGACAUUUUAAGGUGAAUGGUCAGAGAUUGAAGCAUUACUUGGAGGGUCCGGUGGAAAAAUGCAGGUCCGUGGUCGGGUUGGAACCAAUUUGA